CAUCAGUGAAUUAGCAGAAGAAACAACUAGCAAAAUAACAAACGUGCCCUUUUUCUUUAACAGCGCAGCAAUUUUGUUCCGCCUUCUAUUUCAAUUCCUUAAAAUGUUUAAUAAUAUUAAUCUUUAAAAAGCCGACAGUUGAGUAUUGCUGAAAUCGAGAACGUAGGUUUGUAGCCAUUUUUAAUUGUAUAGAAUUACAAUAAUUGAGGAACUACGGUGAAACAUGAGAAUCGCGGAUGUGCUCCGCCGGUUGGAUGCAUAUCCACGUACACUUGAGGAUUUCAGUGUGCGCACUGUAAGCGGUGCUGCAGUUACCCUGAUCAGCACCAGCAUCAUUGUUAUACUGAUAUUUCUAGAAUGCAUUGCCUAUAUGCGUCCGAAUCUCACAGAGGAGCUAUUUGUAGAUACUACACGCAAUCACAAGCUACGAAUCAAUUUGGAUUUAACCAUACACAAUUUAGCUUGCAGCUAUGUCUCACUGGAUGCAAUGGAUUCUUCAGGUGAUCAACAUUUACAAGUUGAUCAUAAUAUUUUCAAACAUCGUCUAGAUUUACAGGGUAAUCCAAUGAAAGAAACUGAGCCCAUAAAAGAAAUUGUUGCUGUGUCGCCAUCAAAUAAAAAUACCACCUGUGGUAGUUGUUACGGCGCCGAGCGUAAUAGUACACAAUGCUGCAAUACUUGUGAAGAAGUGUUGGAGGCUUAUCGCCACAUGAAGUGGAAUGUGCAAUUAGAUAAAAUCGAACAGUGUAAGGACCAGUUUAAACGCAAUGAUAUUGAUGCAUUUAAAGAAGGUUGUCGUGUGCAAGGCCACUUAGAAGUUAAUAGAAUGGCUGGUAGUUUCCAUAUAGCACCUGGUAACAGCUUCUCAAUUAGGCAAUUUCAUAUACAUGACUUUCAAUUCUCUGAUGUGAAAUUGGACCACACAAUUAAUCAUUUGUCUUUUGGUGAUAAAAUUGAAUUUGCCAAGACGCACCCACUUGAUGGGUUACAUGUAGAAUCAGACAAAGACGUAAAAAGCGAAAUGUAUAAUUACUAUUUGAAAAUUGUGCCUACAAUGUAUGCAAAAGUGAAGAGCCCGCCAAUACAUACCAACCAGUUCUCAGUGACGCGCUACAAGAAGGACCUUUCGAAUAGGGAGCGUGGAAUGCCGGGUAUUUUCUUCAGUUAUGAAUUAUCGCCGCUGAUGGUGAAAUAUGAAGAAAAGCAAAGAUCAUUUGGCCACUUUGCCACGAAUUGCUGUUCUAUAAUCGGUGGGGUUUUUACUGUUGCUGGGAUUAUUGCCGUUUUCCUGAACAGUUCGUUAGAAGCACUGCAGCGUAAAUUGGAAAUAGGAAAGCUGAGUUAACAACAAACGCGAUGCACAAUAUUCUUUACGAAAGUUUUCAAAUUGUUUACAUGAAUUUACCAGACUGCAGGUUAUAUUUAUAGACCACUUACGACUAAUUGUCGCUUCCUACUAACUACAUUUACAUAUAUGUAUGUAUGUAUGUAUUAUUGGAAGCGUUUGCGUGCACAUUCCGGUGCUGUGUUUUUUAAGAAUCUCUUCUAUAUAUCAUAUGCAUUUAACUUUAUGCUUGUAUCUUUCAAAUUUUUUUUUGUUAUUUGUUUCUAUUAAUUUGUGUUUUGCCUCUUACUUUUCACAUGUCCAACAUUUUUCUCUGUGUAUAAUGGAUUUUAUAUAUUGACUAUUCCAAAAGUGUAAAUUUUGUUUUAUAUUUUAGCUCAAAUUCGCAUAAUAUAAUAUUUAUAUAAUAUUCAA